AUGCGAUCGUGGGGCGUGUGCGGGUUCGUGAUAAGUGCUGCAUCUAUCGCGCGCGCGGCAAGCGGCACGCAAGGGCGAGGGGAGGUCGCAGCAGGGCAGCGUCUGGCAGCGCGCGUUUCUGGCGAUGCGGGCCUGUCGAUGUCGAUGUCGCUGUCGAUGUCGAUGUCGAGCGGCCGAGCAGGAGCAGGGCGCGCGCUUCGAGGUGGCCAUCGGCGGCUGGGCGUCGAUUCGUGUGCGCCGGGGCCCGUGGGCGGCCUAUGUGAGGCGCGUGCACGGCACCCCGUUGUGAUGGGCGUUGAGUGCAUGAAGUGGGAUCCCGUGUGGAGAUGUCAAUCGGCCAGUCGGGGUGAGGAGGAGAAGCUAGGGCAUCGGAAGGCACAUAGCUUGCCAGAUGCUGUUGCUGCUGCCGACCGAUGGAGAGAAUCGAGUCAAGGCACCUGCGAGGCAGAGUCGGCGCGGCGCGCUAGGACACCGCAGCACGCGAACACGUCCGAUCUGUGCGCUUCUGCGGUUUACACACGGGUGGCUCUCACACCGACUUGCACUUGCACGAUCCCGAAUCACCGACCGAAGCGCCGCGAGCGCGGCGGCGCGGAUCAGCAGAAGCGACGACGAGCACUCAGGGAGCUCGGCACGAACGCGCCUACGCCCGCUCUAUAUCGAGCACACGCAGCCCGGCGGAAGGAGAACCCGCCCGCCCAGGCACGACAGCCCACGCGCGUGCUCCACGUAGGCAUCGAAGGCGAAGGCGAGGGCGUCCAGAAAUACGCGCAGAUGGCGACGAUGGGCAGGUGCGUCCCGCCAGAUCGGUACGGCGCAGUUGCCAACCCCAAGCGGGCGCGCUCCGGCCUUCGAACGCAGGCAGCGAGCCCCAGACGAAGAAAGGCAAACGCGAGAUAG